CUAUCACAUGACAGGUAAGGCGUUGCGUAGUAAGGUUUAGGGCGUAUCGGUGAUCUAAAAGGAUAUAAAAGGGAGAGGGAAGUCAAUUUACCUGCAAAGAUGUGAAAACGAAUUUACCUGCAAAGACGUGAAAACGAACUAACAAUGAAUCCCGCUGUCUUCUUCUACGCAAGCUUAGAUGAGAACAUUGAUCAUCUCAAAGUAGAAGAUCCAAUUUUAUUUAAGUCUGUCGCCGACCACUAUAAGAGUUAUGACGAGGAAACUGGUGUCUUUCAGCCUCAUUUCAAAGGAUGGUAUUGCUUCACCGUUACAAUUGGUGGCAUGAAUACAAGUAAAGCAGUUGCAGUUAGUUUAGAAAUAAGUUCAAGAAAGGUCGCAAAUGUCGUAACAGACGUACCGUCAGGAAGAUCAUCACUUGUUGUCUCUCAAGCAAGCAAUCAAGCGAUGGUCUAUAUGCAGACAACAGAUACAGCUAAAGUCGUCGUGUAUGACCACGACACCGGACCGAUUUCUGGCAAUGGUUAUUCAACCUUUUCUGGCGUUCUUCUGAGCAAAGAAUAGAUCAGUUUGCAAGACAACAAGUUCAAAUUUCAUGAAGUGAUCGAAAAUGAAACAUAAUUUCUCUGAUUAUAAAGUGCUUUGCUAUGACAAGAACGGUUUCAUGUCUAUAAAAACAGCUGCUUCUAGACUAUAUUGUAAUCAAGAAAUGCAUUUGUAUACGAGAUUUUCUAAAUGCUUGCUUUAACGUAUCGGUGUAAAAAAGUGAAUUGGAACACUGAACAUGAUGACAUAAUGGUUUCAAACUAACUUUUACCAUCAGUUUUCUAUUAAUGAAUUGUCCGCUCAUUUCUAUUGUAAAAUUGUAAAUUAGAAAAAAGGAAAGAAAGCUGGUACUCAAUUGCAAAUAACAAUUCUUUUUUAGAACAUCAGUGAUUACUCGUUAUUGAAAUCAAAGAAAGUGAUAAAAAAGGGUGUUUUCUUCAUGACAUUUCCAUUAUUUUUAUCUGUUUGCUUUGUAUAAAAUUCUUAAAACUGUA